GCUCCACCCUCCGUCCCGUGGGGGGGGGGGAGGACGAUGGCGGCGAGGAUUGCGUGGCCGCAUUUCCGGGAGCUGCUGGUGGCCCACCGCUCCUACCGCAGUCCCCGGCUCCUGCUCCAGGCCAGGCCGACUAUGGCGAACCCGUGCCCCAGCCGGCUAAGCAGUACCGGCCCAAGCCUCGCCACUGCCGCCGCUUCCCUGGCACGCUCUGGUGGCUUCGUGGGAGGCCGCUGGCUCCAGGCGGCAGCCACUUUCCCCGUGCGGGACCCGGCCAACGGCACCGAGCUCCUCCAGGUAGCGGAUUGCGGCGUAGCUGAAGCGGAGGCCGCCGUGAAGGCCGCCUACGAAGCCGGCGCUGCAUGGAGCGCAGCUUCUGCCAAGGAUAGAGCGGUUUUGCUUCGUAAAUGGUAUGAUUUGAUGAUAGAGAAUAAAGAUGAACUUGCAAGGAUCAUUACAGCAGAAAAUGGAAAACCGCUGAAGGAAGCAGAAGGGGAAAUCUUGUAUUCAGCUUCUUUCUUGGAAUGGUUUGCUGAAGAAGCCCGGCGUAUUUAUGGUGAUAUUAUUCCACCUUCAGCAAAAAACAGGAGAGUCUUUGUGUUGAAGCAGCCUGUGGGAGUUGCUGCCAUCAUUACACCUUGGAAUUUUCCAAGUGCUAUGAUUACCCGAAAAGUAGGUGCUGCUUUGGCAGCUGGCUGUACAGUAGUAGUGAAGCCAGCUGAAGACACACCUUUAUCUGCCUUAGCACUAGCCGAGCUUGCAAAUCAGGCUGGAAUUCCUGCGGGAGUAUAUAAUGUUGUUCCAUGUUCCAGAAAACAGGCAGCAGCAGUUGGAGAGGUGCUCUGUACUCAUCCCUUGGUAGCCAAAAUCUCAUUUACUGGCUCAACAGCUACAGGAAAGAUAUUGCUACGCCAUGCUGCUGGCACAGUGAAGCGGGUUUCCAUGGAGCUCGGAGGACAUGCUCCGUUCAUAGUCUUUGACAGUGCUGAUGUAGAUAAGGCAGUUGCUGGAGCUUUAAUAUCUAAAUACAGAAAUUCAGGGCAGACCUGUGUAUGCACAAACCGCUUCUUGGUUCAGAAUGGGAUCCAUGAUGAAUUUGUCAAGAAGUUUGCCCAAGCCAUUCAGAGGGAACUACGUAUUGGCCAUGGAUUUGAUGUAGGAACUACCCAAGGGCCAUUAAUUAAUGAAAGAGCUGUGGAAAAAGUUGAAAGUCACAUUGAUGAUGCUGUGUCCCAAGGAGCAGCCAUAGUUAUUGGAGGAAAAAGGCACAGCUUUGGAAAAAACUUCUUUGAGCCAACUCUGCUUUGCAAUGUAACAACAAAUAUGUUAUGUACCCAAGAGGAGACUUUUGGGCCUUUGGCUCCAGUUAUCAAAUUUGAUACAGAGGAAGAAGCACUCGCCAUUGCAAAUUCAGCCAAUGUGGGCUUAGCAGGUUAUUUCUAUUCUCAAGACCCAGCCCAGAUUUGGAGGGUCGCUGAAAAGCUGGAAGUUGGAAUGGUUGGUGUUAAUGAAGGGAUUUUAUCUUCCGUGGAGUGUCCCUUUGGUGGGGUCAAACAAUCGGGGCUAGGAAGAGAAGGUUCUAAAUACGGUAUUGAUGAAUACUUAGAAAUAAAAUAUGUUUGUUUGGGAGGUUUACAAUAGCCAUUGUUAACAACAGUAGCCAAAAUAGAACUAUAGGUUUGGCCUUUCGUAGUCUUUGUUUAGCAAGUUAACUUGGAUUUUUUUUUUUCAUAAAAUAACUGUGGUCAGGUUUACAUAUAGAGAUGUCUGUACUUGAAAUCAUGUCAAUAGAUAUAAAACAGUUCUUCAUAAUUACAUUGUGAUUGCAAAUGUUAAUAUUAUCUAUCUUGGUCCUAAUGUGCAAACAAAUCCUAUUUGCUAUUGACAUUUGGAAGAAUUUGGAAAACAUUAUUCAUAUUUUUGGAAUGUAUAGGGCAGCAUCUCUACUCACUUUUUCUUACAUGUGUAGGGCUAUAAAAAUGAUGGAAUCUUAAAUGUUUGUGCCAAAUUUUGAAUUUUACUGUUUUUGUAAUACUUUGUUUUUUAAUCAAUUGGGUAGAAAUCCAAUUUUAAUUGUUCUUCUUCAGAAAUAUAGGCAACCUUAGGAUAUGUAUAUAUUCAUUUCUAAUAUCCUAUUGGUCAUUAGGGGUAGACUUAUUUAAGAAGAGAUUUGCGAUUUGUAGCCGGUAGUUAAGCUUUGCAGUAGGACAGAUUAAUGGGCAGUAAUAAUUCCUGCCAAACUAUAAUGUACAUAGUCUUCAGAGACUCUUGAUUUGGCAGAAAAACUAUAGAUUUUAUGAGACAGUGUAACAGAGACAAAUUAUAACAAUAAAUAUUAAUAUACAUAAUAAAUUCAUUCAGACCUGCUGGGGACCAAUAACUACAUAGGUAGUUAGAUUUCAUUGAUACAUAUUCAUGAGCUCUCUCUUUUUUUAAAUGAUCCAUGGGACUGCUAUAGGAAAUGUGUCAGCGCCCUAUGGAUGAGUCAUUUGGUUCCUGCAGAAUUCACUUGAGUGGUUUAUUAUUCUCUUUUAUAAUACAUAAAUUCAUUGUUUUUUAAAUGAGAUGGGAAAAUUAGGAUGGAACUGACUCAGUGCUGCAUUAAACUGAACAUGCACUUUAUAUGUCCAGAUUGCAUUGAAAUGUUGUAUUCCUUUUUUGUUCCAUGCUUUUGGGGGACACAGUUAAAAGUGUUUCUCCUUGGACCUUAAACCCCUCUGCUAUAUAACAUCUGCUUCUGAGAGUCAACACUAGGUUUCAGAAAUGGUCUGCAUAGUCUCUGAACAGCACAAACUUUGAUUAUACACGGUGCUUGUUUUAAAUCAACUUUCACUACUGUGUGUUAUUUUUUCUUAACACUAGAACUAGAAAAAUUCAGAUUGUGGCAGUCCCCAAAAGUACCAUUUACUCUUACUCUUACUUUGUCCUUAAAAAAGAGUAGAAGCCAAGUAUGUUUGAUGCAUACCUUAGCAAAUAGAAUACUUCACAAAUAAAAUAUUGUGCCAUUUAAGGGUAUGGAAGAUGUUUCAAACUGUUUGAUUAUAGCGCGAAUGAAUACUAUAAUGAUUUGUUAUAUAUUUUAAUUUCAGGGAAAUGUCUCAAAUGUUGGCUCAGUUUGAUAAUGUAUCUAAUUUUUGCUUUUAAAUUUAUCAUUAAAAAUGCUAUAUAUGUUUACAUUCCUAUAAGGGAACACUUGAGUUAAGUUUUUUAUUACCUAAUCAACUUUUUUUCCUACAUUUUGAUUGCCAGAUAUGGAGGUUAGCAAAGAAUUGCUAAUGUAAUAAAAAGUUGGACAUUUACA